CGACUUGUCGAUUCGCUGUACUUUGUUUUACCCAGGUACGCUAACCUGAUCGAUGUAGUUCGAAUGACAUAUCGCGAGGAGGGCUUGCGUUCCCUUUAUCGUGGCUUUACCCCGGCCCUUGCUGGAAUUCUUCCAUACUCGGGCAUUGCAUUUUACACCUUCGAGACUCUCAAGGAGUGGCGAAUCAGAAAGAGAAUCAUGCCCGAUGGUCAGCCCCCGAAGAAGUUGAGGCCUGUAGAGAACCUGUUUUGUGGAGCUCUUGCUGGUGUUCUGGGACAGACCGCUUCCUACCCACUGGACAUUGUCCGGCGACGAAUGCAAACGGCAGGCGUUACUGGCCAUCCAGAGUACACCCAAAGUAUCCUGAGCACGAUGAAAAUAGUCUAUCAGCAUGAGGGUUUAUUCCGUGGACUUUAUAAAGGCGUAACGAUGAAUUGGAUAAAGGGUCCAAUAGCGGCUGGCGUCAGUUUCACGACCUUCCACCAGCUGCAGCACCUCUACUCCCUGUGGCAGAAUCUCGAGGAACGGCCCACCACUUGA